UCGCGUGGUGUUCUCCCAUGUUGAGAUAAUUCGGUGUGUUCGGGUGGAGGAUUUUCAAUAAUCCGGUUAGAAUCGGACCCGGUUCUGUUCGGUUCUGUUCGGUGAGGAGUCGGAGCGGAGAGAGGAGCGCACUCAGGGGAGAAAGCGCUCGGUACUGCGGCUGGUUGCUGUUUGAUCAGGCGCUGGUGAGCUGUAGAGCAGAUCGGGCUGAGUACAGCAGACAUGGCCACUCAGGUGGAGACUCUGCUGCCCAGUAAUGCCCUCCUGCACCCGGAGGAUCCGGACAAUCCUGCCGCCCUGGAGCAGCCGGGACCCGAGGCAGAACCGGAGCCCGAGCCGGGCGGUGAGGAGAGCAAGCAGCAGCAGGAGAAGGAGAACGUGGAGAGCGCGCAGGACGGGAGGAAGAAAGAGCUGAAGGAGGCGCCUCCACCCAGAGUUAAUCCCUGGACCAAGAAGCUGAACGCGGUCAGCAUGAACGGACAGAACCCGCCGCCAGAACAAACGGCUCCAGCGAAGGUGGUGAGAGCAGGAAACCCUCGACCCCGGAGAGGAGCAAAGGUCGGUGAUUUUGGUGAUGCCACCAACUGGCCGACACCUGGAGAAAUCGCCACCAAGGAGGUGCAGGUGGGUAAGAAGGUGAUGGUGAAGAGAGAGAGUAAGGAGAAGAGGGAGAGCGAGGAGAGCAAGGAGAACCAAAAGGCCAAAUCUGAUGAUUCAGGAGAGGAGAAGAACGGAGAGGAGGACUCUCAGAAGAACUCUCAGCGCAGGAGAGGUGAGGAUAUUAAUCCAGCGGAGAUGUUGAGAUGUUUCGACCCGAGCAGGUCCAGAUAUUCAUCAGCGAUUCCGUACGUUACAGGAAACAAGCACCGCUGGGUUCCUCUGAUGAUCGAGGUGAAGUCUGAGGGACCUCGAGAACGUUCGGCCUCCAGGAACAACGCCCGGCAGGGAGAGACGUCCAGGGCUCACCACAACACCAGGAACGACCUCAGAGACUGGCACAGCGGCAAGUACGAGCGAGAGUUCCGAGACGACCACGACGAGGUCUCGAGCGUGAAGAGUGACGGCGCUCCGUUCCGCGGAGGAUUCAGAGGUAGAGGACGAGGACGCGGCCGAGGAAGAGGACGAGGUAGAGGAGGAAGAGGUCAUUACGAUUACCAGUACGGACAUAAGUUCGAGGGGAAGGACGGCGCGUGCGAUUCUAAAUACUCCAGCACGGUGACCUAUUACUACGACAGCAUGAGCAGCAGCGAACUCUACAGCGUGGAUCAGGAUCUGCUGAAGGAGUACAUCAAGAGACAGAUCGAGUAUUACUUCAGCGUGGGGAACCUGCAGCGUGAUAUAUUCCUGAGGAGGAAGAUGGACGAGUUUGGCUUCCUGCCCGUGGCGCUUAUCGCCAGCUUCCACCGCGUGCAGGCCCUCACCACCGACAUCAACCUCAUCCUGGAGGCUCUGAAGGACAGUAAUGAGGUGGAGAUCCUGAACAUGAAGAUCAGGUGUAAGGAGGAACCGGAGAAGUGGCCUCUUCCUGGAUUGACGGUUCCUGAACACACACACACCGAUUUCUCGCAGCUCAUCAACUGUCCCGAGUUUAUCCCUCGCACCGGCGCCGACGGCCACCCCCCCGGGACAGGUUCUUCCCGGACCCUGCUGGAGCAGAAGCAGGAUGAAGUCUCCAACCUGAAGACGAUGCCCAAGGGUUUAUCGGCCAGUCUGCCUGACCUGGACUCGGAGUGCUGGAUCGAAGUGAAGAAACGCCCUCGUCCCUCCCCCGCCCGCCCCAAGAAGCUGGAGGAAAUUCGGACCGCCCUGAUCCCGGGGAAUCCGGACGAACCCGAGGAGCUGGACUUCCUGUUCGACGAGGAGAUGGAGGCCAUGGACGGGAGGAAGAACACCUUCACCGAGUGGUCGGACGAGGAGUCGGACGGAGAGAUCGACGACAUAGACCUCAACAAGAUCCUGAUCGUGACCCAGACCCCGCCGUACCUGCGCAAGCACCCGGGCGGAGACCGAACCGGCAACCACGUGUCCCGCUCCAAACUCACCAACGAGCUGGUGAAGGUCAUUAACGACGGGCUCUUCUACUACGAGCAGGACCUGUGGCACGAUUCGUACGAGCCCGAGUACGCCACCAUCAAGCAAGAGGUGGAGAACUUUAAGAAGGUGCACCUGAUCAGCCGUGAGCAGUUCGACUGUCUGACCCCUGAACCCCCCAUCGACCCCAACCAGGAGGUCCCGCCCUGCCCGCCACGCCCACAAAACAUUCCUACAGAUGAUCUGGCCAAUAAGCUGUUCGGCGCCCCGGAGCGCUCAGCCGUGGCGCGCUCUCUACCCACCGCCGUGCCCGACUCGCCCGGAUACGGAGCGCCGCACCCGCCCCACACGCCCCGCACCCCACGCUUCAAACACAACACACACACGCCUCGCUUCUACCCCGUCAUCAAGGAUGGACGACCUGUCGAUGCCAAGACGCCCCGUAAGAGAAAGACGCGCCACAGCUCCAAUCCACCGAUGGAGUGCCACGUGGGCUGGGUGAUGGACUCUCGGGAGCACCGGUCACGGACCGCCUCCGUCAGCUCGAAUGCCAGUCCGUCAGAGGGCACACCCGCACUGGGGAACAUCGGCUGCACCCCUCAGUCUCUGCCCAAGUUCCAGCACCCCUCACACGAGCUGCUGAAGGAGAACGGCUUCACCCAACACGUCUACCACAAAUACAGAAGACGCUGUCUCAACGAGAGGAAGCGGUUGGGGAUUGGUCAGUCUCAGGAGAUGAACACACUCUUCCGUUUCUGGUCGUUCUUCCUGCGUGAUCACUUCAACAAGAAGAUGUACGAGGAGUUCAGACAGCUGGGGGUGGAGGAUGGCAAGGAGGGGUACAGGUACGGGUUGGAGUGUUUGUUCCGUUAUUACAGUUACGGACUGGAGAGAAAGUUCAGACCCGAGGUCUUCAAAGACUUCCAAGAGGAAACCGUCAGAGAUUAUGAAGCAGGUCAGCUGUACGGUUUGGAGAAGUUCUGGGCCUUCCUGAAAUACUCUAAAGCCAAGACUCUGGAGAUCGACCCCAAACUGCAGGAGUACCUCAGCAGGUUCAGACGCCUGGAGGACUUCAGAGUGGACCCUCCCAUGGACGAGGGGCGCAAACGCCACGCCUCCGGCGGUGAGGGGCGUCGCCGCUACCCCUCCCAGUCCUCCGGACGCAACGCCUUCGAUUCCCAGCCCGGACCCAGUUCUGCUUCCAAACCAAACUAACCCAGUCCAGUCCACCUCUCUCUCUCUGCGGCGGCCCAUUACCCAUAAUCCUCUGCUGCUUGGGCUUGACUUCACCCAAACAUCAUGCAAAAACUGAGCGGCGGCGGCGCCGAGGGAGAAUCGAUCCAGCUCUUCCGUUAUUAUUACAUCAUCAUUCAGAUGGAGAGAGGCGCUGCUGCGUUCCUCUCAGAACUUCCUUCAUUUCUCGUGGUACCAUAAGUAUACGGACGCCGGAUUCAGCCUGAGAUGGAGCGGCUGAACGAUGGGCGAUGUGUUAUUAUUAUUAUUAUUAUUAUUAUUCAGUUUGUUUGAGGGAUGAAGACGGAGAGGAGGAUUUAAUCCCUCACAGAUCUUUCACCGUUUCCAUCCUGAUGAGGAUGAUGAUGAUGAUGAAGAUCCAGUUGCCUUAUUAUUCUGGUUUUCUGUCUCGUGCCACUGUGAUCCCCGCCGCCAUCGCCAUGCCAACGUCGUCCUGACCCUCUCGACCGCGCUGUGGUCCAGCGUUUUCCUCUCGUCUUCCGUGUGAUUGUGCUCUGUUCUGCUCGAUCGUUUCCAGCGUCGUGCUUUUUCGUGGUCGAUCGUUUACGGAACGAAGUUUCGUUACUCAUCCGAUUACUUGAAGAUCGAGGAAAGGAAAAGCUGCAGCUGCUGGUGCUCAUAGACCUCACAGCUCACAUAAUAAAGGGAUUAAAACACACAACAUUAAAACCUUUAAAACAGCUUCUGAGAAGCCACGCCCACUAGUGUUGGCACGACCGAGGGCCCCGGGUUCCGGCCAGCACGGGGCCCCGAUGGAGACAGGCAGGAACCCUAUCCUGGACUCUGCGUACAUGCUGCCCUCCGAUCAAUCUACCCUCUGCAGUGCUGGGCGCGUGGCACAGACUAGCACAGGCCACGCCCCCCUGUGUUCUGAUUGGUUAAGCUGAGGAUUGUGUAUUUGCCUUAUAUGUUUAAUUAUUUAGUUUUAUCGUUCCUGCUAUUUUAACCCUUUUAAUUUUGCUGUAUCGUAGCUUCGGUUGCGCGUGAGAGGAGAGAAACGUCGCUUUGGUCGAUUACAGAUGAAAUGAGUUCAGUACUUCACCAGCUCCGGUAGGGAGCGCAGUGCAUCAGGAGCCGUUUUCAAUCAUGGACUGAACGUCUGCUUUUCUUUAGCUUGUAAAUUCUGAGUUUGUGAGGGUUGAAAUUGGCGAGUGAUGCAAAGUUUAAGCUGAAAGUGUCACAUUUUAAUUUCAUUUAAUUUUAACCAAAAUGGAUGAAAUGUUUUUUGUUCUUUCUUUGAUUUUUAAAGGAAAGAUUAAAGUGGUGAUCUGGUUAUUAACAGCAUUAUUUCAUUAAGCCAUAGAAUCAGAGCGGAGUUUAUUUAAGUGUGUUUAUAGUUCAUUACUCUCCCGGGCUCGUGGAAAUAAACAGAAAUAAAAAGAAUAAAAAAUAAAAGAGGAAAUGUAAAAUAGUUGAAUGUAUGAUAUGAUGAAUCUUUCUGCUCUGUAGGCUGUGAUUCGCUCUUAGUGUCCAUUUAUAUAGUUCUGCUUUACCUUAAUAAAUACAAAUAAAACCCCAAAAAACCUCAAACA